AUGGUGCCCAAGGCAACAUCAGGCGACUGGAGACCCUGUGGCGACUAUCGUGCCCUCAACAGCGCUACCAUUCCUGAUCAGUACCCCAUGCCUCAUCUUCAGGACUUUGCUGGAGCCCUUUUCGGCAAAGCGGUCUUCUCGAAGAUUGAUCUGGGGCGUGCUUUUCAUCAGAUUCCAGUCGCCCCUGAGGACAUCCCUAAAACCGCCGUCACCACACCCUUCGGUCUCUUUGAGUUCAUCCGCAUGCCGUUGGGUCUACGUAAUGCCACCCAAACGUUCCAGAGGUUCAUUGACCAUGUCUUACGUGGCCUACCCUUUGUGUACGCCUACAUUGAUGACCUCUUGGUGGCCAGCCGGAAUGAAGAAGGACACAAAGAGCAUCUUGCCUUGGUGUUUGACCGUCUUGACAAGUUUGGUGUUGUCAUCAACCCCUCCAAGUGCGUGUUGGGUGUGCCUUCACUCGAGUUCCUCGGCCAUCAGGUCGACUCUGAAGGUUUACGUCCUCUCCCCUCCAAGGUUGAAGCAAUUCGUAAUUUUCCUCCUCAAACUUCCAAGCGUCAGUUACAGCGAUUCCUCGGCAUGGUCAAUUUUUACCACCGGUUCCUAUCGAACUGUGCUGACCUCAUGCUGCCGCUCACCAACAUGCUUUCUGCUCCCAAAGGUCCCCUCGAGCUGACUGGUGAAGCACUGACUGCUUUUGAGAGAAUCAAGAAUUCGCUUGCCGAUGCCACCUUACUCACGCAUCCCGUUCCCGAAGUUCAGCUGUCUCUGAUGGUAGAUGCCUCGACUGUAGCCGUAGGUGCAGUCCUUCAACAACACCUUGCUGGUUCGACUCAACCACUUGCUUUUUUCUCCAAAAAGCCCUUACCAGCUGAGACGCGCUAUAGUACCUUUGGUCGUGAACUACUUGCCAUUUACCUGGCUGUGAAGCAUUUCCGGCAUUUCCUUGAAGGUCGUGACUUCACUGUCUUCACUGACCACAAACCGUUGACUUUUGCACUUUUUUCCCACUCCGACAAGUACAAUCCGAGGGAAAUCGCCCACCUGGACUACAUCUCCCAAUUCACCACCGACAUCCGCCACAUUGAUGGCACGAAGAAUGGGGUGGCUGAUAUGCUGUCCAGGCCCUCACUGUCUUCCCUCCAACUCUCACACGGGAUCGAUCUUUGUGCCAUGGCGGCUGAACAACAGCCAGUCGGUUGUCCUGGCGACGAGUCUGUUAGUGGUCUCCAACUCAAAGACGUUCCUCUGACCACCGGCUCUGGUACCAUACUUUGUGACGUCUCAACUCUCUUUCAUCGCCCUUUUGUGCCCGCCUCGAUGCGUCGAGCUGUAUUUCAAACUCUGCAUGGACUCUCCCACCCUGGGAUCCGAGCCUCUCAAAAGCUCCUCGCGGAAAGGUUUGUCUGGCCUGGCAUGAACAAGGACGUCAAAGCUUGGGCCCGGUCGUGUCUGAGCUGCCAGCGCAACAAGGUGCAACGUCACAACAAGUCCUCACCAGGUACCUUUCCCAGUCCCGACGCACGGUUCAGCCAUGUGCAUCUGGAUGUCGUAGGCCCCUUGCCUCCAUCCAAUGGUUUCACCUACCUCCUUACUUGUGUCGAUCGAUAUACUCGCUGGGCUGAAGCUAUUCCUUUGCCGAAUGUUCAGGCUGAAACCAUCGUGAAGGCCUUCAUCAGUCGUUGGGUAGCCAUGUUCGGUGCCCCAUCCACGGUUACGACUGAUCGUGGUGCCCAGUUUGAGUCGGCACUCUUCCAAACGCUACUCAAUUUCCUUGGCUGCACACGCAUUCGGACGACAGCCUACCACCCAGCUGCCAACGGUAUGGUGUAA